UAUAAAUGAGGCUUGAGCUGUUGUUACUUUCACAUAACGCCAGAAACACAUCUCGACCUGCUCCUGUGACCAUCCACCGUCCAUCCAUCCAUCCACCCAUCCAUCCAUCCAUCAUGAAGAACGAUCUACAAAGAUCUUACCUUGAGAAUGGGUAUCUGACUGGACACCAAGUCUUGGACAAGAACGAGUUGGCUUUGGCCAGAAGGUCCUUCACUGACUUCGAGAAUGAAUUCGGUAAGGAGUUCACUCAGUACAGUCUCCACAAUGUACACCUGCAGCACAAGUGGGUGAUGGACCUGGCCUCACACCCUCAGGUUCUCAGCACCAUCACUGCAGCUCUGGGUCCCAAUGUCAUCUUAUUGGAUUCCAGGUUCAUCUGCAAAUACCCAGCUUCGGAUGUCCCUCACAAGGACGACGUGGCCCCCUAUGUGGCCUGGCAUCAGGACAUCAGGUAUUGGGGCUUUGAAGGAGGUGCCGUGGCCUCUGUGUGGUUGGCUUUGGAUGAUGUUGACAGAGAUAACGGAGUCUUGCAGGUGAUCCCAGGAAGCCAUAAAUCGGGGUUGUUGGAACACGGAAUCGCUGGUCUCCCCGGGAACAUGCUGACAGCCAACCAGGAGAUCCCCAGACAUUUGGUUGAUGCUGAAAAGGCUGUGGAAUGUCCUCUCGGGGCAGGAGAAAUGUCUGUCCACGAUGGUCUGACAGUUCACUACAGUGAACCCAACAUGUCAGACAGACGCCGAUGUGGCUUUGUUAUCCGCUACAUCCCCACAACUGCCUAUCCUGUCGAAGAUCCAGACCGACCUCGUUCUUUCCCUGCGACAGUGCUGAUAGCUGGAGAAGACAAGUUCGCUCACUUUAAAGAUCACUCACCGAGUUUCUUUGUGAAGACAUGUUAAAAAAAAGUUCUUUGUUUAAGUUUCUUGGAAUUUAUGGAUUUAUGGAAUUCACUACCUCAGAAGGCUGUAGAUGCUCAGUCCUUGAACAUCUUCAAGGCUGAGACUGAUAGAUUUUUUUAAAAAAUAGAGGGAUUAGGGGAUAUGGGGAUAGGGCAGGUAAUUAGAGUUAGGUCUGAAGAUCAGCCAUGAUCUUAUCGAAUGGCGGGGCAGGCUCGAGGGGCCGAAUGCUCCUAAUUCAGCGCCUUGGGACGUCCUCCUGACGUGAAAGGCGCUUUAUAAAUGGAAUCUUGUUGUUGUUAUUUAAAAAGUGUCACUAUCUGACCGAUGGUAGAAGUCUGCACUCCUCUGGGUAACUGCUGUGAUAAACUGACGAAACUCAUGAUUUUAUAAAUUUUAUAAAUGAUUUUAUAAAGUUUAUAGUUUACAGAUAUAUUUCUUACAUGAAACAAUAAAUUAUAUUCCUGGUACAUUA